CUGCCCCAGUAUGGACAUAAACAAUGGCAGUCUUAUUUUGGAAGAACAUUUGAUGUUUACACAAAACUGUGGAAGUUUCAACAACAAAACAGACAAACUUUAGACACAAAGUAUGGGUUGAAGAGAUGGCAGAUAGGAGAGAUAGCAUCCAAGAUAGGACAGCUCUACUAUCACUAUUACCUUCGAACCAGCGAGACAAACUACUUGAAUGAGGCCUUCUCUUUUUACUCAGCUAUAAGAAUGAGAGCUUACUAUUCCAAAGCCAACAAAGAGGAAAGGCCCGAUCUUAUGGUGAAGAAAUUACGGUACUAUGCUAGGUUUAUUGUGGUAUGCUUACUGCUAAAAAAGAUGAAACUUGUCAGGGAUUUAGUAAGGGAACUUGCAAAACAAAUAGAAGACUACACACAGAUCUAUGAACCUGAAGACCAGCUGGAGUGGUCACUGGUUCUUGGGGAGAUCAAAGCUUUCAUUGAGGCAGAUGUCCCUGUCAAUGUUGUAGAUGUGGACUCCUCACCUAUUGUAUUAUCACAUCGCCUUACACCACUAAACACGCCACCUAUGGAGCAGGGGUCCUCUGUCUACCUCACGCUACAGGAGAUACUCAUAGUGGGCAAUUGUUACGAACAGGUAAAAUUUAGUGAACUUACAUUAGACAUGUUUAGAAUGCUCCAGACCCUAGAGCGAGAACCCCAGGAAGAUUUAUCCAAUCAGCUCUAUGACCAGUCCCCAGCCCCAGGGAAUAAACCUGGAUUUGAAAAUGGAGAUAAAAUCAACAAAAGGGACAACCCUCACAAAUAUCUCCUGUAUAAACCUACCUUUAGUCAGUUAUACACAUUCCUGGCAUCAGGGUUCAAGGAACUGCCCCCAGGGGGCGCUAUGUUAGUCUAUGUGUCUGCUGAUGGUAGUUUGGGGAACAUGAAAGAGACAGAAGAUGUGGCAUUUGACUUUGGAGGGGUUGUUACAAACAACAAAAGAGAAGGAGACGCCUUCAACAACAGAACAAAAAGACCUGCUCAUAUCAAAGAGAUGCACUGUCUUCAUCCAGGAGAUGUCUAUCCCUUCACCAGAAAGCCUUUGUUUCUUAUCAUUGACAGUGAUAACAGUACUGCCUUUCAGAACUUCCCAAAUUUGUUUGGUCAGCCUAUGGCAUGUUUAUUGUCACCAGAAAAUGUGCCUGCAACAAUGCAAGAUCAACAUCAAAAAGGUAAUCUGUUCACAAUGUUCCUUCACAGCCCUCUAAUGGGGUUUUGCUAUGUCUGCAGCAUCGUUGACAUUCCUAUUGCACUGUGGGACAAAUGUCAAGGCCACAUUGAAAAGUUCAUGGCCGAAGCUAGCAAGGUGUUUUCUAGGUCAAGGUCAUUAGAUCAUGCAUUUAUGCAGUUUUAUGGUGAUGACUUUCUGAGGCUUCUGAUGCUGAGGUUCAUAUUCUGCUGGAUAACUCUAAGGUUACACAGAGGGUUCAAGGGUCCCAGUUAUUACCCCACAACCCAGCCCCCACUUCCAGAGGAUGAGAUUCUCCACCAGGCAUCGCUCCACAGGCUGGUCAUGGACGUGGCAUCCACCUUAGAGGUGCGAGGACUCUUUGGGGACCUCACGGAGGUGGACUGACAAUUAAUGCAGGAGAGCACAGAUGAUGGAGCUCUCUGGAUCUAGAAACUAGUGCACAUCAAGGUGCCGUUACUCUACAGAUUUGGUAUUAAAAGUAUGCUAUGAUACCUAGACUAACUCAAACUUGGAUUUAAUGUGCUGGUAAAUGGGAUGAAAUAUUUCACCCAAAUGAUUUUUUUAGUCUUUAGAUGUGCCUGAAGUGAAUAAGAAAACGUACACAGUAUCUACACGAUCAUUUCUUUUAUCCCAAGUAAAAAAAUUGGAAAUUGGGCAAUAUCUUUGAGGUCUGACAUGCCCAGUGAUGUGAUGCACUAUUUAGGAUCUACACUAGUUUUACCAAGGUCAUUACCAGUGCUGUGUUUAAGUCAGUUUAUCAGCUGAAUUCCUUUUUACACUUUAAUUAGGCAUCUUUUUUUUAUUGGAUCUAGUCUUACGUUGAUGAAAGGUGUGUAAUGUUGUUUUCUGUCAAAUCCUAGAUGUGCAUUUUUUUUUUCAAUCAAAUGGGGUGUAUUUCAUACAAAGAUGUAGUUAUUAAAAGUAAUAACUAACCCACCUGCUCAUCCCUAAACAUGAUAAUAUUUUUCCUAAUUUUAAAGUUUUUGUACCAUGUACAGGACAAAAAAACACUUGUUUCAAAUUUUCUAGGCACCAGUAGUCCCUUUAUCUAAAAGACAUCAUGUAUACCAUCUUGUAAUGAGAUUUAAACUUGACAGUUAAAUGUCGGCCUUAUUUUUAGCAUGUGUAUUUUAAAUAAGGAUAUGGAAGAAUGCAGAAGAUCUAAAACCUAGUAUGUUUCAAUGCAUAUUCUGAUUAUCAAGAUGUAUUUGUGUAUUCUUCCUCUGCCUGAUAUGAGCAAGUGUAAACUGUGACAGGGUACCUGAACUGAAGACAAGUUUAUAUUUAUUCAGUGCAUAAACGUACUGAGAAAAAAUUAUUAAGCAUUUAAAAAAAUCAAAACCACACACGUUCACAUAUAUAGAUAUAGCUUUUUAGUAGUAUUCAAGUAGAGA